AUGACGAAAUUACACCAAAGUGCCACCGCUCUUCUCUCGCGAACUCUCUCGCCAGCGUUCACGCCUCCCAGAAUCUUCGGGCUUCAGAUCAGGCAUAAAGCCUCCGUGGUCGAUGAUGUACGCCGAUUCAUACCGCAACUUACUUCGAAUUCAGGCAAACCCUCUUAUGAGCCAGCUACUCUCUCGAUACGAGGAGGUCCAACUUUUCGAGGAAACAGCUUUGGCGCGCGUUCCGAUGCCAGUGGCGAGGCUGUUUUUACCACAUCGUUGGUAGGGUACCCAGAAUCUAUGACCGACCCUUCCUAUAGGGGCCAGAUACUGGUCUUCACUCAGCCAUUGAUUGGAAACUAUGGAGUCCCAAGCUCGUCUGCCAGGGACGAGUACGGACUUCUGAGGUACCUCGAAAGCACAAAUAUUCACCCGUCUGGUAUAGUGGUUGGAGAUUUAGCUCAUCGAUAUUCUCACUGGUCUGCCGUGGAGAGUCUGUCGGAGUGGUGCGCUCGCGAGGGUGUGCCAGGCGUCACUGGAGUUGACACCAGAGAGAUUGUUACCUUUCUCCGGGAACGAGGGUCCUCACUCGCGAAUAUAACAGUCGGACGAGACCACGUGCGGGGCGAUGAAUAUCAAGAUUCGGCUGACACCGAACUCGUCAAGAAUGUUUCGACGAAACUGCCUUACUAUGUUCCAUCUGGGUAUACUGCCGCGCCUCACAUUGCCUUGAUCGAUUGCGGAGUAAAAGAAAACAUCAUUCGAUCUAUAGUCAGCAGAGGUGCGAGCAUUACUUGCUUGCCCUAUGACUAUCCUAUUCAUCAAAUGGCUGAGAACUUCGAUGGUGUCUUCAUCUCAAAUGGACCAGGAGACCCUACAAAAUGCAGCAAAACAAGCCAAAAUCUUCGAAAUCUCAUGAACCUGAAUCACAAAAUCCCCAUCAUGGGGAUCUGCUUGGGUCACCAACUUCUCGCAAUCGCUGCCGGAGCAAAGACCAUCAAAAUGAAAUACGGGAAUCGCGCGCACAACAUCCCAGCUCUGGAAGUUGACAAAGAGGGUCGAAGCACGGGCAGAUGCCACAUCACCAGCCAGAACCAUGGCUACGCUGUUGAGGCAACAACGUUACCUCCUGAGUUUUGCGAGUAUUUCAGAAACCUCAAUGAUGGCUCAAACGAAGGUAUCAUGCACAAAGAGCGACCGAUCUUCAGUACUCAAUUCCACCCUGAGGCAAAAGGCGGCCCCAUGGACACCAGUUACUUAUUUGAUGUUUAUUUGGAAAAUGUUCAAGAAUAUCGGCAACAUAAGCAUACACAAGACCUGCUUCUAAAGCCUACCAAGCACGAGCAGUCGAUUCCCAUGCCGUUGGAAGUGCUGACUGAGAAGCGGGUGGAUCUUGAGGAAGGAGACAACGUUCGCCUGCAAAUCUGA